AUGUCACCAUUAUCCAUUCGAUUCCCAAACCUCUUCAAGCUUGAAAAGCGUAAUUCAGCAUGUAUUUCUGAACGGAGAAGCUCUUACGAUUUUGCUGCUGAUUGGAAAAGGGCCCUUUCGUCCCCGGUUGAGAUUGUUGAACUUGAUGAACUUAAGGACAUUAUUAACUCAUUUUCCUUCUCGAAUGCUAAGGACUCGUGGAAAGGCUCUUUGGCUCCAGAUGAUGUAUUUAAAGUGAAUAUCCUUAGGGAUCAAAUCGAUUCUGUUAUUACUGAGGUAUCGAUAAAAAGAAUGGAAUGGAAUAGCAUGGUUUCAAUCAAAGUAGGAAUCAACAUCAACUCAACUGUAUGCUCAAUGUGUUCGAGUCAGGAGGAAACCGUAGACCAUUUGUUAGUGGAUUGUAUGUUUGCUCACGACACCUUUAAAUGGAUAUCGAAAUGGUGUCAAUUAGAUAUUCAUCGCUUCUCUAUUGUGGCAGAUGUUAUUAGUUUUGCAUCUCAAUGGGGUAAUUGCCCUAAGAAGAGGAAAAUACUCAUAAGCAUAGUAUAUGAUGUACUGUGGUGUAUUUGGCUGGCAAGAAUAACAGGAUAUUCAGUAAAGUUCCUUCAAAACCUUCAACAACGGCGGAACAUGCGCUGA